CGGAUCUCGGAUUCAGUUAAAACUAAACUAAAAAAAAUGCAGGUUAACUGAGUUGUCACACCGUAGUAUUAGAUGAUGAUUUACACGCUGCUCACACCUGCUGUCUUGAGAACAGUAGUAAGCGGAGUGCUUGUGCUGGUAGCUUUCCUUGUAUAUCGGAGAUACAGGAGAUGGGAGGCAGGGUUUAAUGCAUUCCCAGGAAAACCUAUCAGUCACUGGUUCUUUGGAAAUCUGAAAGAGUUCCCUGGGUUGACAGAAGAAGGUUACAACUUUAAUGUAGAAAUGGUGAAGCUGUUUCCAAAGUUCUUCAGAUUCUGGGUUGGUAGAAUUUACUGUGUCCUUAUUUUCCAACAUCCAGACACAGUGAAAGUGGUUUUGAAAUCAUCAGCUCCAAAGUCAAGGGCUUCUGGGACUUUGUACGUGCCAGGAUUGCGCUGGCUAGGUGAGGGUCUUCUCAUUGCAAAUGGAGAAAGAUGGGCAAGAAACCGUAGACUGCUCACUCCAGCCUUCCACUUUGAUAUUCUUCAGCCUUAUACAGACAUAAACAACAAGUGUGUUGAUAUUUUGUUGAGCAAGCUACAGGGAUUCUGUGACAGGGGAGAGAACUUCGAAGCAUUUGAACAUAUUGGGCUGUGUUCAUUGGAUAUUAUUGGAAGAUGUGCAUUUUCAUAUAUUACAGAUGCUCAGACACAGGGUGAUAAGCACCCCUAUGUGAAUGCUGUUCAUAGGCUUACAGAAUUGUGGACAAAAAGGACAUUAAAUUUGUUCCAUAUAUUAGAUUGGGUGUAUUUCAAUUUCACAAAAGAUGGCAGAGAGUUUUCCAAGUUAUGUGAUUAUGUUCACAAAGUUGCUGAAGAUAUUAUACAGAAAAGGAAAAAGGUUUUAGUAGGUCCAGCAUGUUGUGUAUUAAAAUUAUUUCAGGAAAUCGAAGGAUUGCCAAGCAAUGACGGUAACAGGAAAAGAUAUUUAGACUUCCUGGAUAUUUUGAUAACAGCUAAAGAUGAGGAUGGUGUGGGACUCUGUGAUUAUGAUAUCCGCUGUGAAGUGGAUACAUUCAUGUUUGAAGCACAUGAUACUACUACCUCUGGAAUAUCUUAUACAUUGCUAUGUUUGGCACAGAACCAAGAAAUACAAGAGAAGGUUCGACAAGAAGUUGAUGAUAUACUUACAGGCAGAGAAUCGGAUGACAUAACAUGGAAGGAUUUGGCAAAGUUUGAGUACCUGAACAUGUGUAUAAAAGAGGGAUUAAGAUAUUCUAGCCCGGUACAUGUUGUACAGAGACAUACAACAGAGGAAUUACAAGUGGAAGGAUACACAAUACCUUCAGGUACAAAUAUUAUAGUACAUUUGUAUGCGCUUCACCACAACCCAGCAGUAUGGGGCAGUGAUUUUAAUGAGUAUAGACCUGAGAGAUUUCUUCAUGAAAAUGUAGAAAAAAUGGAUCCAUUUGCAUUUGUGCCUUUCUCAGGAGGUCCUAGGAAUUGUAUUGGUCAGAAUUUUGCCAUGAUGGAAAUGAAGAUUAUGAUAGCAAGAAUAAUUCAUAGGUUUAAGAUAGAAACAGUACCAGGCCAUAUCUACAGAAAAGAACUAAGUGUGGUUACUCGUUCAGAAAAUGGGAUCUUAUUGAAAAUUACACAAAGAAGACCUAAAACGUAGUUCCAUAUUCUUAUAUUCAUACACAUGAUUUUUAUUCUAUAGGAUUUUAUUCUACUGUAAAAGCAGAAAUUUUUAACAAGGUUUAAUUUUUGCUAUAUUCUUGAGGCCCUAUAUCGCACAAAAAUUAAUCUAAUAUUAAACCUUGCAAAAUACUCAAUUUUUCAAUUUCACAAAAUUUUGACAUGGUGAAAAGUUUUGCUUUUACAGUAUUACAGUGAAAUUUUAUAAUUUGAUUACAACUUUUGAACUUUUUUUGAAUUGAUUAAACCUUGCAUGAGUCUUUACCAUGACAUGAACUUAGGUACCUUCUAUUUUUUGUCUGCUUCCGCCCCUAUUUUCAGAGUUAUUGCCCCUGAAAUAGUCAAAAAUGCUCAUUUUCACCUGUUAUGCACCUAGCUCAAAAGUAUAUGAUAUAAAAUGAUGAAAACUUGCAUGAGUCUUUAUAUCAUGUUAUAAACUUGCACACCUCUUAUUUUUUGGCUGGCACCUUUCCCAAUUUUUAAAGUUAUGGCCCUUGAAAUAGUAAAAAAAUGCACAUUUUCACCUAAUUAUGUGCCUAGCUGAAAAACUAUUUAAUGUAAAUUAAUGAAACCUUGCUAGAGUCUUUAUCAUAAUGUUACCUUGCACACUUGGCAUUCUUCUUGAGAAUCUUAGUGAUUAUUACAGAGUUAUGGCCCUUGAAAUAGCGAAAAUUGUGUUUUUAUUAGUAAUGAAUCAUUUUCAUAAAAUGUUUGUUUAGGCUAUACCCAUUUAAGACUGCAAACAUUUGAAUUUCCCCCCUUAUCUGUGACAAAAGUACCAGUGGGGCACACCCUGUGUCCUACAGACACAUUCUCACACCCUAUAACGUGAUAGCG